AUGGUUAAAUUUAUAAUAGGAAUAAUUCUUUAUUGUUUAUUGUAUUGCUUUUAUGGGUUAUAUGAACAUAUAAAAACGCCAAUAUAUUAUUAUUCAGAAACUAAAAAUAAAUAUAUAAGUAAUAAAAAUGGGGAUACACUAAGCCAAGGUUAUAUCUAUGAACCAUUCAAAAAUGAAAUACAGAAAAAUGAUAAAUUAGAUUACCAUUUUUAUUUAUCAUUGAUAGAGCAUAUUGAUUUAAAUAAAUAUAUAAAUGGAAAAUAUAUUAACAAAGAUAAAAACUUUAUCAAUAUAUAUAACUUUAGCAAUGUUAAAUAUAACUGGGACGAUGUGCAAGUGCAAAAAAAUGAUAGAAAUAUAGUUAAGCAAAACAUAAAAAAAAAUAAAACCCAAAAUAAUAGUAACUAUUUCAGUAAUAUAUGGCCAUUUUCUUUAAAUAAAAAAUAUUCAUAUGUUGAUAUAGUAUUACCUAAAACAUUAAUUAAUAAAAAUCAAAAUAUUUAUUUACACAUUAUAACAUAUUUAAAUGGGAAGUUAUAUAGACAUGGGUGCGUUACCAAAUUGAUAGCAGAAAUUAAGGAACUUCAAUAUGAUUAUAUCACUAAAAUAAAAAAAAAUAAAAAGUAUUUGUGGAAAUGGCUAGUUGAUGACGAUAAAGUAUCAGUGGAAUUAAAACAAAAAGGGGAUGAAGAAAAAGAAGAAAUCAAAAUUGAUGAUAAAAAAAAAUAUAAUAAAGUAUUGUUGCAUAUUCCUAAGAAAAUAAAAUUUGGGCCUAUAAUAGAAUAUAAUGAUAUAAAUAUCAAUAAGAUUGGUAUUUUCUCAAAUAUUUUUUUAGAUACGUCAAUGCAUAAAUAUUUUUUUCCAAUACAUUUUAAUGAUGAUAUAGAAUUUAAUAAUGAAUAUAUAUUCAUAAAUCAUGCUAAAAGUAAUAAAGAAAAAAAUAACAAUUUAUCAUUUUAUAGUAUUAGAAUAGAAUAUGAACCAAUAAGUUAUAGACAUUAUAGUUUACUGAAUAUAAUAAUGUUUAAUAUAAAAUAUUUAAAAAAAAAAUACAAGAUGAUUUCUUAUGAUAUUGAUAGUUUGUCUAUAUAUUUAUUUGAAAAUAUUUCCAUAUAUGUUUAUAUAAUUUGGAUGAUGAUUAUUAUAAUAAUAGUUAUAAUAAAUAUAAUAGUUUUUUUAUAUGAUAUAAAAAGUUGGAAUAUUUUAAUUUCUUUAUAUUUAUCUUUUACUGAUACAAUAUUAUUGAAAAUUAUAUGUUCUGUCUUUAUUUUAUUAUAUUUAAAUAAUAAUUAUGAAAAUAAUAAUAGCAAAAUAAUUAUGAUAUUUUAUUUAAUAGACAUUGUAAUUUGUUUGUGGAAUUUUAUCAGAAAUUAUGAAAUUAAACUGUUACAAGAUUAUCCAUAUAUAAUUAUUAACGAGAAUUAUAUAAUAAAGAGGAAAUAUAAUGUAUUUAAUAGUAUAGAAAUAAUUAUAAAAAAAAAAAUUCAAAGCAUUAUAAUUUUAAUUAUUCCUUUAUUCUUUAUAUAUAAUAUAUUAUAUAAAAAAUAUGAUUCUUUUUAUUUGUUUUUUAUAUUAACAAUUGGAGAAUGUUCAUAUAUUAUUAACUUUAUGUUAAUGUGUCAAAACAUUAUAGCAAAUUAUUUGACAAAAACUGUACCCAAUUUACCACUUAUUUAUAUUGUUCCAUUAUUUUUAAAUGUGAUAACAGAUGAUAUAUUUGCGCUUUUGCUUCGCAUUCCAACUAUACACAAAUUUAAUGCCUUUGCAGAUGAUUUUAUUUUUUUUGUUUUUUGUGUGCAAUUAUGUUUGUAUAAAAAAGUGACAAAGAAAAGUGUAGUUAUAGAAAAAGCAAUAAAUAAUUCGAUGGAAUUCAAAAAGAUUAAAUGA